GGCUGCGCAAUGAGGGUCUCUUCGGUGAGAUAUCUUGAAACGCGAAGUAAGAUAGAUUGUAAUGGCCCGGUGAGGCGCCCGUUGUCUGCGAAUGAAUUCAGACAUUUACAGUAUUACUCCGUGACAAAAUGAUUCUCACAGUAAAGCCACUCCAAGGAAAGGAAUGCAACGUCCAGGUCACAGAAGAUGAAAAAGUGUCCACGGUGAAGGAACUGGUCUCAGAGCGCCUGAACAUACCUCCAAAUCAGCAGCGAUUACUCUACAAAGGCAAAGCCCUGGCAGAUGAGCACAGAUUAAGUGACUACUCCAUUGGGCCAGAGGCUAAACUGAAUCUUGUGAUCCGUCCUGCUGGAGAGAGAGCUGCUGUGAGUGAACCUGCCCAAGCCAGCGGCAGUGGAGUUUGGCAGUCAGUGGCUGUUGUGCUGGCCAAACACUUCAGCCCUGCAGAUGCUGCAAAAGUGCAGGAACAGCUCUAUAAGGAUUAUGAACGUUCAAUAAGACAGCUCAGUCUGGACGACAUAGAGCGCCUGGCCAUUCGCAUGCUCCAUCCAGAGGUAGACGGCCUGGACGCAGCGUUCAUGGACUAAGUAGAGGGAGGUUGGGUACAAGCAACUCCACCAGGACUAACCACAUAGCUCAACAUGGCAAGGCAAGGGAUGACUUCGAAGUUGGACUUUUGGGAGCAAGGCAUCCUACACUGGACGUUAGUAAGAGAGCAUGCUGAAACGCUAUCUAGGCCUUGCAAUCUAAAGUAAGGCAAGACUCAUAACCUCUGUAUUUAUUCUUGUUAUAAUGUCAAUACUGAUUUUUGUUUGUUUUUUUACAACAAUCAUAAUAAGUUAGUGAUUUGGAGCGUUUUGCCAAAGCAUUGUUCCAGGAUAUCUACAUAAUUUAUUUGAUAAUUCAGUUUUUAUGUAAAACCACAUACACAUAACUGUUAAGAUUAACAAUGACGAUUGAUUACGGGCAAAUGGGCUGCCUUGGGUUCUGAGUGUGACUGCAGUUGUUAUUUGUAAAUACUGUGUUAUAAGGAAUUAAAAAAAGAGAAUGCG